UCCCCGGCAGCGGCCGCGGCCGCAGCGGCAGCAGCGCCCGCCGUGUGAGCAGCAGCAGCGGCUGGUCUGUCAACCGGAGCCCGAGCCCGAGCAGCCUGCGGCCAGCAGCGUCCUCACAAGCCGAGCGCCCAGGCGCGCCAGGAGCCCGCAGCAGCGGCAGCAGCGCGCCGGGCCGCCCGGGAAGCCUCCGUCCCCGCGGCGGCGGCGGCGGCGGCGGCGGCGGCAACAUGGCCUCGGCUGGUAACGCCGCCGAGCCCCAGGACCGCGGCGGCGGCGGCAGCGGCUGUAUCGGUGCCCCGGGCCGGCCGGCUGGAGGCGGGAGGCGCAGACGGACGGGGGGGCUGCGCCGUGCUGCCGCGCCGGACCGGGACUAUCUGCACCGGCCCAGCUACUGCGACGCCGCCUUCGCUCUGGAGCAGAUUUCCAAGGGGAAGGCUACUGGCCGGAAAGCGCCGCUGUGGCUGAGAGCGAAGUUUCAGAGACUCUUAUUUAAACUGGGUUGUUACAUUCAAAAAAACUGCGGCAAGUUCUUGGUUGUGGGCCUCCUCAUAUUUGGGGCCUUCGCGGUGGGAUUAAAAGCAGCGAACCUCGAGACCAACGUGGAGGAGCUGUGGGUGGAAGUUGGAGGACGAGUAAGUCGUGAAUUAAAUUAUACUCGCCAGAAGAUUGGAGAAGAGGCUAUGUUUAAUCCUCAACUCAUGAUACAGACCCCUAAAGAAGAAGGUGCUAACGUCUUGACCACAGAAGCGCUCCUACAACACCUGGACUCGGCACUCCAGGCCAGCCGUGUCCACGUAUACAUGUACAACAGGCAGUGGAAAUUGGAACAUUUGUGUUACAAAUCAGGAGAGCUUAUCACAGAAACAGGUUACAUGGAUCAGAUAAUAGAAUAUCUUUACCCUUGUUUGAUUAUUACACCUUUGGACUGCUUCUGGGAAGGGGCGAAAUUACAGUCUGGGACAGCAUACCUCCUAGGUAAACCUCCUUUGCGGUGGACAAACUUCGACCCUUUGGAAUUCCUAGAAGAGUUAAAGAAAAUAAACUAUCAAGUGGACAGCUGGGAGGAAAUGCUGAAUAAGGCUGAGGUUGGUCAUGGUUACAUGGACCGCCCCUGCCUCAAUCCGGCCGAUCCAGACUGCCCCACCACAGCCCCCAACAAAAAUUCAACCAAACCUCUUGAUAUGGCCCUUGUUUUGAAUGGUGGAUGUCAUGGCUUAUCCAGAAAGUAUAUGCACUGGCAGGAGGAGUUGAUUGUGGGUGGCACAGUCAAGAACAGCACUGGAAAACUCAUCAGCGCCCAUGCCCUGCAGACCAUGUUCCAGUUAAUGACUCCCAAGCAAAUGUACGAGCACUUCAAGGGGUACGAGUAUGUCUCACACAUCAACUGGAACGAGGACAAGGCGGCAGCCAUCCUGGAGGCCUGGCAGAGGACGUAUGUGGAGGUGGUUCAUCAGAGUGUCGCACAGAACUCCACUCAAAAGGUGCUUUCCUUCACCACCACGACCCUGGACGACAUCCUGAAAUCCUUCUCUGACGUCAGUGUCAUCCGCGUGGCCAGCGGCUACUUACUCAUGCUCGCCUAUGCCUGUCUAACCAUGCUGCGCUGGGACUGCUCCAAGUCCCAGGGUGCCGUGGGGCUGGCUGGCGUCCUGCUGGUUGCACUGUCAGUGGCUGCAGGACUGGGCCUGUGCUCAUUGAUCGGAAUUUCCUUUAACGCUGCAACAACUCAGGUUUUGCCAUUUCUCGCUCUUGGUGUUGGUGUGGAUGAUGUUUUUCUUCUGGCCCACGCCUUCAGUGAAACAGGACAGAAUAAAAGAAUCCCUUUUGAGGACAGGACCGGGGAGUGCCUGAAGCGCACAGGAGCCAGCGUGGCCCUCACGUCCAUCAGCAAUGUCACAGCCUUCUUCAUGGCCGCGUUAAUCCCGAUUCCCGCUCUGCGGGCGUUCUCCCUCCAGGCAGCGGUAGUAGUGGUGUUCAAUUUUGCCAUGGUUCUGCUCAUUUUUCCUGCAAUUCUCAGCAUGGAUUUAUAUCGACGCGAGGACAGGAGACUGGAUAUUUUCUGCUGUUUUACAAGCCCCUGCGUCAGCAGAGUGAUUCAGGUUGAACCUCAGGCCUACACCGACACACACGACAAUACCCGCUACAGCCCCCCACCCCCCUACAGCAGCCACAGCUUUGCCCACGAAACGCAGAUUACCAUGCAGUCCACUGUCCAGCUCCGCACGGAGUACGACCCCCACACGCACGUGUACUACACCACCGCCGAGCCGCGCUCCGAGAUCUCUGUGCAGCCCGUCACCGUGACACAGGACACCCUCAGCUGCCAGAGCCCAGAGAGCACCAGCUCUACAAGGGACCUGCUCUCCCAGUUCUCUGACUCCAGCCUCCACUGCCUCGAGCCCCCCUGUACGAAGUGGACACUCUCAUCUUUUGCUGAGAAGCACUAUGCUCCUUUCCUCUUGAAACCAAAAGCCAAGGUAGUGGUGAUCUUCCUUUUUCUGGGCUUGCUGGGGGUCAGCCUUUAUGGGACCACCCGAGUGAGAGACGGGCUGGACCUUACGGACAUUGUACCUCGGGAAACCAGAGAAUAUGACUUUAUUGCUGCACAAUUCAAAUACUUUUCUUUCUACAACAUGUAUAUAGUCACCCAGAAAGCAGACUACCCGAAUAUCCAGCACUUACUUUACGACCUACACAGGAGUUUCAGUAACGUGAAGUAUGUCAUGUUGGAAGAAAACAAACAGCUUCCCAAAAUGUGGCUGCACUACUUCAGAGACUGGCUUCAGGGACUUCAGGAUGCAUUUGACAGUGACUGGGAAACCGGGAAAAUCAUGCCAAACAAUUACAAGAAUGGAUCAGACGAUGGAGUCCUUGCCUACAAACUCCUGGUGCAAACCGGCAGCCGCGAUAAGCCCAUCGACAUCAGCCAGUUGACUAAACAGCGUCUGGUGGAUGCAGAUGGCAUCAUUAAUCCCAGCGCUUUCUACAUCUACCUGACGGCUUGGGUCAGCAACGACCCCGUCGCGUAUGCUGCCUCCCAGGCCAACAUCCGGCCACACCGACCAGAAUGGGUCCACGACAAAGCCGACUACAUGCCUGAAACAAGGCUGAGAAUCCCGGCAGCAGAGCCCAUCGAGUAUGCCCAGUUCCCUUUCUACCUCAACGGCUUGCGGGACACCUCAGACUUUGUGGAGGCAAUUGAAAAAGUAAGGACCAUCUGCAGCAACUAUACGAGCCUGGGGCUGUCCAGUUACCCCAACGGCUACCCCUUCCUCUUCUGGGAGCAGUACAUCGGCCUCCGCCACUGGCUGCUGCUGUUCAUCAGCGUGGUGUUGGCCUGCACAUUCCUCGUGUGCGCUGUCUUCCUUCUGAACCCCUGGACGGCCGGGAUCAUUGUGAUGGUCCUGGCGCUGAUGACGGUCGAGCUGUUCGGCAUGAUGGGCCUCAUCGGAAUCAAGCUCAGUGCCGUGCCCGUGGUCAUCCUGAUCGCUUCUGUUGGCAUAGGAGUGGAGUUCACGGUUCACGUUGCUUUGGCCUUUCUGACGGCCAUCGGCGACAAGAACCGCAGGGCUGUGCUUGCCCUGGAGCACAUGUUUGCACCCGUCCUGGACGGCGCUGUGUCCACUCUGCUGGGAGUGCUGAUGCUUGCGGGAUCUGAGUUCGACUUCAUUGUCAGGUAUUUCUUUGCUGUGCUGGCGAUCCUCACCAUCCUCGGCGUUCUCAAUGGGCUGGUUUUGCUUCCCGUGCUUUUGUCUUUCUUUGGACCAUAUCCUGAGGUGUCUCCAGCCAACGGCUUGAACCGCCUGCCCACACCCUCCCCUGAGCCACCCCCCAGCGUGGUCCGCUUCGCCAUGCCGCCCGGCCACAUGCACAGCGGGUCUGAUUCCUCCGACUCGGAGUAUAGUUCCCAGACGACAGUGUCAGGCCUCAGCGAGGAGCUUCGGCACUACGAGGCCCAGCAGGGCGCGGGAGGCCCUGCCCACCAAGUGAUCGUGGAAGCCACAGAAAACCCCGUCUUCGCCCACUCCACUGUGGUCCAUCCCGAAUCCAGGCAUCACCCACCCUUGAACCCGAGACAGCAGCCCCACCUGGACUCAGGGUCCCUGCCUCCCGGACGGCAAGGCCAGCAGCCCCGCAGGGACCCCCCCAGAGAAGGCUUGUGGCCACCCCCCUACAGACCGCGCAGAGACGCUUUUGAAAUUUCUACUGAAGGGCAUUCUGGCCCUAGCAAUAGGGACCGCUGGGGCCCCCGUGGGGCCCGUUCUCACAACCCUCGGAACCCAGCGUCCACUGCCAUGGGCAGCUCCGUGCCCGGCUACUGCCAGCCCAUCACCACUGUGACGGCUUCUGCCUCCGUGACUGUCGCCGUGCACCCGCCGCCUGUCCCUGGGCCUGGGCGGAACCCCCGAGGGGGGCUCUGCCCGGGCUACCCUGAGACUGACCACGGCCUGUUCGAGGACCCCCACGUGCCUUUCCACGUCCGGUGUGAGAGGAGGGAUUCGAAGGUGGAAGUCAUUGAGCUGCAGGACGUGGAGUGCGAGGAGAGGCCCCGGGGAAGCAGCUCCAACUGAGGGUGAUUAAAAUCUGAAGCAAAGAGGCCAAAGAUUGGAAACCCCGCACCCCCACCUCUUUCCAGAACUGCUUGAAGAGAACUGCUUGGAGUUAUGGAAAAGAUGCCCUGUGCCAGGACAGCAGUUCAUUGUUACUGUAACCAAUUGUAUUAUUUUGUUAAAUAUUUCUAUAAAUAUUUAAGAGGUGUACACAUGUGUAAUAUAGGAAGGAAGGAUGUAAAGUGGUAUGAUCUGGGGCUUCUCCACUCCUGCCCCAGAGUGUGGAGGCCACAGUGGGGCCUCUCCGUAUUCGUGCAUUGGGCUCCGUGCCACAACCAAGCUUCAUUAGUCUUAAAUUUCAGCAUAUGUUGCUGCUGCUUAAAUAUUGUAUAAUUUACUUGUAUAAUUCUAUGCAAAUAUUGCUUAUGUAAUAGGAUUAUUUUGUAAAGGUUUCUGUUUAAAAUAUUUUAAAUUUGCAUAUCACAACCCUGUGGUAGUAUGAAAUGUUACUGUUAACUUUCAAACACGCUAUGCGUGAUAAUUUUUUUGUUUAAUGAGCAGAUAUGAAGAAAGCACGUUAAUCCUGGUGGCUUCUCUAGGUGUCGUUGUGUGCGGUCCUCUUGUUUGGCUGUGCGUGUGAACACGUGUGUGAGUUCACCAUGUACUGUACUGUGAUUUUUUUUUUUUUUUGUCUUGUUUUGUUUCUCUACACUGUCUGUAACCUGUAGUAGGCUCUGACCUAGUCAGGCUGGAAGCAUCAGGAUAUCUUUUCUUACUUUGUGCUGGUGAGGGCUGGCCCUAAACAUCCACCUAAUCCUUUCAAAUCAGCCCGGCAAAAGCUAGACUCUCCUCGUGUCUACGGCGUCUCUUACGAUCAUUGGCUGCCAUCCAGGACCCCAAUUUGUGCUUCAGGGGAAUAAUCUCCUUCUCCCGGAUCAUCGUGAUGGAUGCUGGAACCUCAGGGUAUGGAGCUCACAUCAGUUCAUCAUCGUGGGUGUUAGAGAAUUGGGUGACAUGCCUAGUGCUGAGCCUUGGCUGGGCCAUGAGAGUCUGUAUACUCUCAAAAGCAUGCAGCAUGGUGCCCCUCUUGUGACCAACACACACACGACCCCUCCCCCAACACCCUCAAAUUCAAGAGUGGAUGUGGCCCUGUCACAGGUAGAAAAACCUAUUUGGUUAAUUCUUUCUUGGCCCACAGUCUCCCAGAAAUGAUGUUUUGAGUCCCUAUAGUUGAAACUCCCUCUCUUAAAUGAAGCAGCUGGUUGAGGCUUUCUAGAUCUGUUUGCAUCUUCUUUAAAACUAAGUGGUGAGCAUGCAUUGUGGUGGUGUAGAGGCAGGCAUUAUGUAGGAUAAGAGCUCCGGGGGGAUUCUUCCUGCACCAGUGUUUAGGGUACGUGCUUCCUAAGUAAAUCCAAACGUUGUCUCCAUCCUCCCCGUCAUUAGUGCUCUUUCAAUGUGACGUGGGAAAGCAGGAGGAUGGACACACCCCACUGAAAGAUGUAGGCAGGGGCAGGUCUCUCAACCAGGCAUAUUUUUAAAAGUUGCUUCUGUACUGGUUCUCUUCUUUUGCUCUGAGGUGUGGGCUCCCUCACCUCGUAACCAGAGACCAGCACAUGUCAGGGAAGCACCCAGUGUCGGCUCCCCAUCCAAAUCCACACCAGCGCCUUGUUACAGACAAGAAGUCAGAGGAAAGGGUGGGGUCCCUGCAGGGCUGAAGCCUAAGCUACUGUGAGGCGCUCAUGAGUGGCAGCUCCUGUUACUCCCUUUUAAAUUACCUGGGAAAUCUUAACAGAAAGGUAAUGGGCCCCCAGAAAUACCCACAGCAUAGUGACCUCAGACCCUGAUACUCACCACAAAACUUUUAAGAUGCUGAUUGGGAGCCGCUUGUGGCUGCUGUGUGUGUGUGUGUGUGUGUGUGUGUGUGUGUGUGUGUGUGUGUGUGUGUGUCAGCAUAGUGACCUCAGACCCUGAUACUCACCACAAAACUUUUAAGAUGCUGAUUGGGAGCCGCUUGUGGCUGCUGUGUGUGUGUGUGUGUGUGUGUGUGUCAGCAUAGUGACCUCAGACCCUGAUACUCACCACAAAACUUUUAAGAUGCUGAUUGGGAGCCGCUUGUGGCUGCUGGGUGGGUGUGUGUGUGUGUGUGUGUGUGCGCGCGCUGGGGACCCUGGCCACCCCCCUGCUGCUGUCUUGGUGCCUGUCACCCACAUGGUCUGCCAUCCUAACACCCAGCUCUGCUCAGAAAACGUCCUGCGUGGAGGAGGGAUGAUGCAAAAUUCUGAAGUCGACUUCCCUCUGGCUCCUGGCGUGCCCUCGCUCCCUUCCUGAGCCCAGCUCGUGUUGCGCCGGAGGCUGCGCGGCCCCUGAUUUCUGCAUGGUGUAGAACUUUCUCCAAUAGUUACAUUGGCAAAGGGGGAACUGGGGUGGGGGGGGUGGGGGGGCUGGCAGGGAAUUAGAAUUUCUCUCUCUCUUUUAAUAGUUUUAUUUUGUCUGUCCUGUUUGUUCAUUUGGAUGUUUUAAUUUUAAAAAAAAAAAACUUUGCUGAUAUUUAUAAUUUUGUAUCAUAAGAAUGUUUUCCUCUACAGUAUUUGUCAUGCCAGUUUAUAACAAAAAAAAAAUGCAGGGAUUUUAUUUCUAUUGGAAACAUUACAGCUAUGUUUUACUUUUGGACAGAAUUUUUAUUUGUAUAGAGUGCUUACUAAUGUUAAAUAGUUCAGAGUAUAUAACAUUUACAUUAAGGACUCAUGGUAGGUUUUAGGGUAAGGAGCUUAAAGGAAAUAUUCAAACUGGGUCUCAUUGCCAAUUUUGGUGGAAAUGAGUUUGUGUCAUUUCAGUUACAAAGAUAAAAGUAUGCCAUAUAAUUUAUUUAUAUGAAGAUUUAUUUUUGUAGUGUACAUAGUAGUCAUCAAGUCUUUUGACAGAAGUAUAUUUUUAAAGAAUUUAUAUGUGAUGAAACCAUAAUGUCUGGAACUUUGCUGAGACGUGAGUGGGCACAGUUUUCAUUGUAAAUUACAGCAAGGAAAGAAAAUGUUUAACAGUGUUAAGAGAGUCAGAGCAGAGUGGAUAUUCAUGCGAUUAUGAAGUGUUUAUUAGUUACCAUUGGCGACCUAGCAUGCUUCUCAUUUCAAACCUUGGAAGGUGAAAAUGUACAAACUCUCUAAAUAAUUAAUGUUCAAACACUGAUAGAAAUUCUAACAUGAAUAAAAAAAUAAUAUAACUUGUUGGUUAUA